UAAAAUUCCACACAAAAAGGUUGUCUAUAAUGAUCAUGACCUUACAAAAUCAAGGCCUCAGCCUCCUCUAAAACAUCUUUCUCCCCAAACCAAAACCCUACAGGCCGCGAAAGGCCGUAACCAUGGAUAUCGGCAUUGUGGAAAUCGAAGGGUCCUAUGAUCUCUUUACCGUCAAUUUCCACCGAAGCGCUAUCGAAACCCUAGUGACAUGUGAACCUAGCAAGGUCGUCUCCUGGAUCAACGACAUCGAGCGCAUCCACCGCGGCCGUCUCCACCGCCUCAUCGUCGGUCUCGACGUAGAGUGGCGGCCGAGUUACUCGCGUGACCAGAACCCAGUGGCGACUCUCCAACUCGCCGUCGGCGACCGCUGCCUCAUCGUUCAACUUCUCUACUGCAGCGCCAUUCCCGACGAACUCUUCGGCUUCCUCGCCAACUCGUCCUACACCUUCGUCGGUGUCGGAAUCGGAGCAGAUCUGGAAAAGCUGGUGGAAGACUACAAUCUGGCGGUUACGAACGGGGUGGAGUUGCGGAACCUGGCGGCGGAUCAGGCUAACGACAGAUCGCUCAGAAAUGUCGGGCUGAAGGAUAUGGCCAGGAGAUAUUUGGGGGUGGAGAUGGUGAAGCCGAGAUGGGUGACGAUGGGAAGGUGGGAUCAGGAGUGGCUAUCCACAGCGCAGAUUCAGUAUGCCUGCGUUGAUGCCUUUGUUUGCUUCGAGGUUGGCAGGAUUUUGGAUGCUUCAGUCCAUCAGGGUAAUGGGGCUUAUCAGGCCCGUAUUACUGUCUAAUUUCUUUUUCCGGCCCAACGGGAAAUUUGAAUGUGCUGAACUGCUUGUGGAAUGUGGAGUACUAUGUGCAGGUUUCUGAUUAAACCUCACAGUCACAAUCCUAUUUGAUUAUUAAGCGAUAUAUUGCUAUGUAUGUAUUUAAAUGUUGAUGCAAACUUAUGCCUAGAUUGACGUUGGGUCAUUUUAGUUGUUUAAAUUACUAGAUUCUCACCCGCGCGAUGCGUGGGAUAUUAAAAUGUAAUAACGAUAUGAUAUCAUUUGUAAAUAUUACUUGGUCGUGUGAAAUAAAUGCCAAUUGUCAUAAUAAAUUAUAAUUAAAGAUCGG